GCCGGAAGUGGGCUAACGUAACCCGGAAGGGGAAUCCUUCCCCGGUUGUAGUGUUGAGGUUUUCAAGUUGUUGCUGCUGUUUUUGUGGUUAAGGGAGCCGUCGGAAGGAUGGUGUGCGAAAAAUGUGAAAAGAAACUUGGUACUGUUAUAACUCCAGAUACGUGGAAAGAUGGUGCUAGGAAUACCACAGAAAGUGGUGGAAGAAAGCUGAAUGAAAAUAAAGCAUUGACUUCAAAAAAAGCAAGAUUCGAUCCAUAUGGAAAGAAUAAGUUCUCCACUUGCAGAAUCUGUAAAAGUUCUGUGCACCAGCCAGGUUCUCAUUACUGCCAGGGCUGUGCCUACAAAAAGGGCAUCUGUUCCAUGUGUGGAAAAAAGGUUUUGGACACCAAAAACUACAAGCAAACAUCUGUCUAGGUGUAUUGAUGAAGUUUCUGGCUUUCUAUAUGAUUUUACUUUCUUGAAUUUUGAAGGCAUAACAGUUGUUCAACUUACAAAAUAACAUGUUUUAAGACAAAUAAUUAAGCUUAAACCAGGGAAGUUGAUUGGUGUUUAGUCUUUUGCUCUCAAGAAAUUCUGAACAGCAACAGUGUAACUUGUCUUCUGUCUUAAGUGAUUAUUUCUCUUAAGAAGAGCAUCUUACUGAACUAAAAUAAGUGACACAUUUGAUGAAAAACAUUUUCCGGUUCUGUAUGCACUUUUAUCGAUCAGUAUUCACAUAAUUCUUAUCCCCUUUACUUUAUUUAUAGAUAUUAUAAAAGUAAGAAGGAUA